UGUAAGCAUUUUGUUUAGUAUGGGCACAUGCGCAAAACUUAUUCUUCACGUCUUGAUCACCGUGUAAUCGUUUCAUCUGAAUUGUGGAUAUCACGGACGGCAAGCAUUUGCAAAAAAAAUAUUUGUUCAAUUAUACGAUAAAUUGUAAUUACAAUUACUGAUAUUUGUAAAAAAAAGUGUUGUAAAGUUAUUAUAAGUCCUGAUACUGUUAGCACAAUUGACAAAAUGGACAGUCCACUUCCUCAUAUUAUGGAAAGUAGUGAUAUGGCGUAUUCUAAGCCGAAAGAUAGGUUAGUCAGUAUUCUAGAUCAAAUUGAACUAAGAGUUGAGCAGCUAAGACGGGAUGCUUCAAGACUUGAAGAAGAAAAAGACAAUAUGCUCUCAACCCUCGAUACUCUAAAAAAUAGUGAUGAAUAUCUUGAUCCUCUUGAAGAUCCUGAUCGUGAAGAUAUACUUCGGUAUGCUGAAAGGCUUUCGAUGAGAUGCUUAACAGUCGAGGUGAUGGUAAAAGUUCAACGUGAUGGUGUUCAACAGGAUGCACUUCAUCAAGUAAACGGGUUGAUUGAUAGUCUAGUUAUUGCAUUGAAAAAUGAUCCCGGUUCAACUCGUCACCGUUGCGCUGCUUUUAUAAACGCUUGCUCCUCUCAGGUUGAGGGACAAGGUCACUCAGAUAAAACUUUUGAAACUGCAAUUCUCGGGUGUACUCUAGAUGAUCAAAAACGUAUUAAAAAAAGACUUCAAGGGUUGUUAGAUUACAUUGAUAAGGUCCACACUUUUGAAUUACAAUAAAAUUUUUGAAUAUAUAUUUUUUUGGUUAAUCUGCUAUUUCGCAUUCAGACACUUUAAAUGUGAUCAGUGUCUUAAUAAAAUAAAAUAAAGACAAAUAUAAUAUGAUAUAAUGUAAGUAGUUUGCAUAAGUCCAUGCAAAUACGAUAGCAAAAAAAAAUUUUUUGAUUAUUAUCAUGUUUUAAUUGUAAAAGCGUGCAUUUCUGUAUUAAAUAAUUGCGUUUCGAUAUACUUCGUAUAACAACUUGAAACCUUUAUUCAAAUGUGCUUUUCAAGAAAUUAUUUUUCUUAAAUUUUCAAUAUUAAUUAAUUUUUAAAAAGUGAUAUUUACAUUAAUUCGUCGACAUUAUCCGUUUUUUCAUUAAUAAUACACUUGGGUGUUAAAAAUCUAAUCACAUUUUUUUUUCUUUACAAUUAAUAAAAUACUGUGUUAUAUUUAUACG